GUGUGUGUGUGUGUGUACACACAAAAUGCUGUCUCUCCUGGUUAACCUGUUGUUUCUCGGUUGCCAGGGAGACAGUGAGUUUGCUCGCAUCAUGAGCAUAGUGGACCCAAACAACAGCGGAGCCGUUACCUUCCAAGCCUUCAUCGACUUCAUGUCCAGGGAAACGACUGACACGGACACUGCAGACCAGGUCAUCGCCUCCUUCAAGAUCCUGGCCGCUGACAAGACCUUCAUCACGGCCGAGGAGCUGCGGAGGGAGCUCCCCCCCGACCAGGCGGAAUACUGCAUCGCGCGCAUGGCGCCCUACACGGGGCCCGACGCCGCCCCCGGGGCCCUGGACUACAUGUCCUUCUCCACCGCCCUGUACGGAGAGAGCGACCUGUAGAGGAGGGCUGCACAAACCAGUGGGGGGAGGGAGGGGGGUGUAGAGAGUUACACUCUGCGUAGAGAAGAGGCCAGAAAGUGAGCAAUUGGAAGAAUUUGAUUGGUGGUUGUGAGGUGCCCCUGCGUGUGCCGUUUUAGAAAGGAUCAGGAGUGUUUGAGAAUGAGCGUGUUGAUUGGACUGUAGUUAGGUGGGCCGGGGUCGAAUGUUUUCCAAACGCAUCCAGAGUAAUCCAUUUGUCGUAAAAGGUAUUUGAUGAACGGGCAUAUCCAGGGGCAGCUGGGGGACAGUUGCUCUGUAGUGCGGGUCCUUAGCUUCACCCUCUCUGCCUUUGUGGAGCUAAACUGGGGAGGGGGGGCACAAGCUAAUUUGAUACUUAUGCUAUGUUUUGUUUAUUUUAUUAUAAUUUCUUUCUUCUUGUCAGCUGAGGGGGGGCAGGUUGGUGUGGGGCUUGAUGUGGCGACUGGCAAGGUUUGUGUGUUAGAUCCUAGAGAUAUAUGCUGCGGGGUCAGAAGGAUGGGAGGGGGGGUGUUGACCAACCAGAGAUAAAAUGACAUAUUUACCCAUAAUUCCCACGUGGCUGGAUAAGGUCACCUGUCUAACCUCAGCUCUUUUCCUCCUCCUGUCUUUGUUAAUUUGGUGGGGUGGGUUUUGGGUGGGGUUGGUGAUUGGUGCAGAUUGGGGGGGGGGGCCCAGCGCUGUACAUACUUUUUUUCCCAGUGCGAAUCAUGUCAUACACAGUUCGAGUUGUUGAGAAUAAUUGAUGGCAGGCUUUCCAGUAGAGGGACAUAUAUUAAAAAUAAAAACGCUGACAUUUUAAAGCCAAUGAGAGCGACACAGAGCAGUUUCACCAGUGGAUAGGUUUGAGCUUCCAGAAGUCUUUUUUUCUUCAGCUUUCUUUUUCUCUGUGCAAUGGAAAUAAUCGUGGAAAUAGUUGGUAGCCAUGAAGUGGAGCCUUAUGUACCUAAAGGCCUUCCCCUGUAUAAAUCCCAUGACAAGCAUCACCAUAAUUAUAAACAAAUAUUUGCUUCUGUGAAACUAUUCUCCUCCUGGGGUGGGCUAUAGGUGCUUAUUUAAAUAAAAACAAUUCUACAUUUAUAUGAUAGGUAAGAUUGUAGUGGUCAAAGUUAGUCCAGUUUUAUAUACAAGAAAUAAUGCAGAAUUAUAUACACGUCAUUUCAUUGAGACAUUGACUUCCUAGAUUUUUAAGAGCUACCAUAGUAAUGCGCUGUGGAGCUCCCCCCUUAAACAUUUGGAAAAAUGGUGGAAGAAAACAAAUAAAUGUGCCUAAUGGUGGCUAGAGCCCUGUCCCUCGCUCUUACUCUCUCCUAAAGUCAGUCUCCCACUUCUUCCCGUUCUCUCCCCCAUCCCUACACCUGUCCCUGAAGAAAGGGGAAAGAAAAUAUACCGCAAAGAAGGGGGAGGGAAAAGAUCGGGGAGGGUUCUUUAUGUAAACAUUCCAUUAUGUGCAAGUAAAAAAAUACUAGAAAAGGAAAUUAUGUAAAAAAGAAAACUAUGCAAUCAUAAUGUGUUCAAUAUCUGAGCUCUGGGUGUUGUGGGCAUCAAUCAGGCCCUUUCUGGGAAAGCUCUGUCUAAAUUCCAGGAUAACUGAGUCCUCUAGUGUUUGUUGGCUGUUACGGGGGAGAGGAGGGGGAGACUCAGGGAGGGACAGACGGGGAAGGAACUGAGAAGAAAAGACUUGGACCAAAAGCUUGUUUCUCUUCUUUCUUUCGCUUUUUUUCCUUGUGACGUUGGAGAGAAAUGAACUCUGGAAUUGUGAUUUUCCUUUUUUUGUACUCUUUAAUAUCAAACCUUAUCUGCUGUACUGGAAACUGCAACGCCUUCUGUCUGUAAUGAUAAGUGAGUUUCACAAAGCACACAUAAAAGUUUCCUUACAAAAUA